GAAAAACAGAUACAGAAGAUGCUGUAAUACUAGAGACAAGUCUCAACCCAUAUUCUCCCGGCUCCACUGGAUCACACGUAGACUUGAAAACGUAUUCUAAAACGCCAGAUUGGUUGAUGAUCUACAUGGUAAUACCGGGAAAGACGUUCCAACAAAUUGAUAAGGAUAAUGGAGCAGCGACUCCUGAUACAAUUGUUGGACCCAAGAUAAGGGCAAUGAUGGAAUCAAUAGGAAUUCCUACCCCCGAAAACCCAACGCCAUUUGUUCCAACAAUAGUAGACGAGGAACCGCUCUCGAGCAGUAAAUAA